CAAAUGUUCAGUGCAAAGAUUGUUUAGCGCAAAUGUCGGACAUUCUUGAGGCACUUAUAAUAAUUCCCCUAGCGCCAGCGGAAGCUUAUAACUGGGAUGAAUAAAGCGAUUCCCAUGCCCCAUAACCAUUCCUUUCCCAUCUUCUCGGAACAACAUGAUAAUGACUUCAACACCACCUACACAGCCAACACCAGUGUGCAGACCACCGACCACCCUCAUUAUACGCACUUCGUGUACAUCUGGUCAGUAUUAUUCAGCCUGAUCCUUCUAUCGAAUGGCAGUCUGUUAUACCUUCUCAUAACCAGACGCCACUUGAUAACAUCCUUCACCAUCUAUCUCUUUUCCAUCCUCGUUGCCAAUGUCCUGUGCUGGUGCGUGUGCAUGUUGCCUUUGGAGAUGGUUUAUCUCGUGUCGGACAACUGGUGGAUGGGUGAGACCGCCUGUGACCUUUAUUUAUACGGCAACUGGCUCCUGCCCGGCGUGAUCACAUCUUCACACGCGUUAAUCUCCAUCACGCGCAUCUGGGCGGUCAUCCGGCCCCACUCCUAUCGCAACGUUCAUACACCACGUCUGGCAAUGGCAUUAUGCGCCGGUGUAUGGAUAUCCGUUCAUUUAUUCUGUUUACCGUUGUUAGUAAUGGACCGGUCGUUUUUUCGGCAACCGACCUCCGGCUGUCGACUAAACCUUACCGCCCAACUCUGGAGCGAAGCCUACCUGACGGUAAUCUUCUACGUGGCUGAUGCGAUCAUUUUGCUGUCUUUCCCCUUGAUAACCUACAAAACCAUCCAGAAUAGUCAGCAGCAUGCUAAAUUGGUAUCACCCGAGGGCGGGAAGGCGCCGCUGCACUACCGAUCCAAAUCGUUGGUGGCUCUGACGGCGAUGAGCGUCAGUAUCGCGGUGAUAUGGGCCCCCAAUCACGUGGUGAGCAUUGUGACGAAGUACCACCGGGCGGAACUGCCGGAUGCGGUAUGGCAGCUACUGUGGGUAGUGUAUCCGCUGCAGGCGGUCGUCGAUCCGGUGCUCUUCGCCUUGUGCCUGGCCAGUAUCCGGUGUGAGGUCAAACGAUUAGUUGUAAAGACGAAGGCAGCGAUUUAUGAUCAUGUUAAAAGUGUGCAGAUGCGGACUACAACAAGGGUCAGUACGGAGAUAUACAGUGUCUCUCAUCAACAGAAGCGUUUUCAGGUUGAUUACAGUAUGUGAUCAAAAUUUAUUUGCCAUAC